AUGUCUGGCAAAGUGGAGGGUGAGGUCGUCCAGGCAAAGAAGUCCUUCAUGGGCAUGCCUGGAUUCGUGGUUGAUUUCUUGAUGGGUGGUGUUUCUGCUGCCGUCUCGAAAACUGCCGCUGCUCCUAUCGAGCGAGUCAAGCUUCUCAUUCAGAAUCAGGAUGAAAUGUUGAGAGCUGGCCGUCUCGACAGAAAAUACAAUGGUAUCAUCGAUUGCUUUAGCAGAACCUCAAAGAGCGAGGGUGUUAUGGCCCUGUGGAGAGGUAACACUGCCAACGUUAUCCGAUAUUUCCCUACUCAGGCUCUGAACUUCGCUUUCCGUGACACCUACAAGAGCAUGUUCGCUUUCAAAAAGGAGCGAGAUGGUUACGCCAAGUGGAUGAUGGGCAACUUGGCUUCAGGUGGUGCUGCUGGUGCCACCUCCCUCCUCUUCGUCUACUCGCUCGAUUAUGCUCGUACCCGUCUAGCCAACGACGCCAAGUCCGCUUCCAAGGGUGGUGGUGGUCGACAGUUCGACGGUCUUGUCGAUGUCUACAGAAAGACUCUCGCCUCCGAUGGUAUCGCUGGUCUCUACCGUGGUUUCGGUCCUUCCGUUCUUGGUAUUGUGGUCUACCGUGGUCUGUACUUCGGUAUGUACGACUCACUCAAGCCUGUCAUCCUGGUCGGUCCUCUUGAGGGUAACUUCUUGGUCUCCUUCUUGCUCGGUUGGGGUGUUACCACUGGUGCUGGUAUUGCUUCCUACCCAUUGGACACUAUCCGACGACGAAUGAUGAUGACAUCUGGUGAGGCCGUCAAGUACGCCGGCUCUUUGGACGCUGCCCGAAAAAUCAUGGCUGCUGAAGGUAUCCGAUCAUUCUUCAAGGGUGCUGGUGCCAACAUUCUCCGUGGUGUUGCUGGUGCUGGUGUGCUCUCCAUCUACGAUCAGGCUCAGCUUCUCAUGUUCGGCAAGGCCUUCAAGGGUGGCUCUGGCUAA